AUGGUAGAGGAACGGCAGACCUCAGCCACCGCCACGACUUACACCGACCUGUGCACAUCAACACCAGCAUACACACAACAGAGACAGCCACCGACGUUCCUCACCCUCCCCUACGAGAUCCGCCUCCAGAUCUACGAGUCUCUGCUUCUCUACCCGUCCUCCUCGUCCUCCUCACCAUCAACUUCAUCACCACCACCACCCACGUCCCUCUUCUCCCCGCGCAUCCUCCUCGCCUGCCGCCAGACCCACGCCGAGGCCCGGCCCGUCCUCUACGCCCGCAACACCUUCCUCGCCCACGCCUCCCUGCUCACCUCCUUCCCCUCCCUGACCGGCGCCCACCGCCCGCUCCGCGAGCCCGCCGUCCUGCCCCUCAUCCGCCGCUGGCGCCUGCGCCUGCGCCUCGACUGCGACCCGCCCUGGACCGCCGCCCAGCUGUCCGCCGCCUUCUCCGGCGCCGACCUCCUCGUCCUCGAGGUCUGGCAGGCCGCCUUCCUCGCCGCCGGCCGCGGCGUCCUGACCCUCUUCGAGGGCGUGCGCGGCGUGCGCGACCCCCGCGUCACGGGCAGCCUCACCGGCUUCGAGGCCUACGCCCGCUGGCUCGAGGGCGUCAUGCGCCAGGGCCCCGGCCGCGACGUCGGCCAGUUCGACGAGAGCUGGGAGACGUCCGGCCUGGUGCCUAUGCACUCGGGCGGGUUGAUGGCCUAG